CUCUCUCUCUCUCUCUCUCUCUCAUGCCCUCUGGUGGCGGCGGCGGGGCAUGAAGGAAGCAUCAGUGGCCCAGUGACUCCCGGGGGCAACGUUUUCUGUCUCACAAAGAUUAAUUUCGUCCCCCGUCAAUGACUUCUCCGACCUCCCGUUUUCUUCUCCAUCAAGAUAUCCAAUAAAUUAAUUUCCGCCGUCAGAGGGUCCCUGUUUGUUAUUGUUGGAGCGGCGACUCAGCGAGGUGGUGUGUCGUUGUGAGGGAAAGCAAGCCUAACUAGCCCCAUAAAACACCCAAGAAGAAGAAAGAUAAAAGCAAAGUGUGUAAAUAGGCGGAAGAAAGGACCAGGAGGAGGAGGACCUACGGAGCGAUACAGGUCAGAAGUAGUAGUGUGAUGAAACCAGCCGCUGAGCACUGAAGAAAAAGAAGAGGAAACAGGAAACUGGACCCAUCAUCGUAUCAGUCUUGUGAGGCCCCAGAAACACUGAAGAGGAAUUAAAAUCCGGACAUCUGCAAACACUUAACAGGGCGAGUGGGCCUUGCAACACUCGCAGCAUUCAACACCACCACCAUCUGGAAACAAGGAAACAUUGGCCUGUCACUGCGGUUAACACUGCCACCAACAACCACUAGGAGGAAGUCACUCUGGGGCUCAACGGACUUUCCUGUAUUUUCUGCACUCACUAUAAAGAUCUAAUAUGACUUUACAGCUUCAAGAUAGGAGGAGCAUGUGUGUGUCCCAGGUGCGGCUGGCAGCUGAUGCCUAUCUGGUAUGCCUCCACCACGCCCUCACCACGGAGAAGGAGGAGGUGAUGGGCCUCCUGGUGGGGGAGUUCAGCAAGGGCAAGGAUGUGGUGUGUGACAUCCACUCUGCCGUCACCCUCAGGAGAUCAGACAAGAGGAAGGACCGGGUGGAGAUAUCACCAGAGAUGCUAAUUGAGGCACAGCAAAGAGCAGAGCAGAUGUCAGCAGCAAGUGGACAAGAGCUGCACAUAGUAGGUUGGUACCACUCACACCCUCACAUCACAGUCUGGCCUUCAGACAUUGAUUUGCAGACUCAAGCUGGCUACCAACAAAUGGACAGUCACUUCAUAGGACUCAUCUUUUCUGUAUAUAAUGAUGACAAAAAGACUAAGGUUGGGAGUCAUCAAGUCACCUGCUUCCAAGCCACCAACCAGAGUCCUGAGGGAGAGUCUCCUCAGUAUGUCCGGCUGCCAGUACCUAUUGAGAUCUUGCCCUCGCCAACUCUGGCCACCAACAACCAGCAGGCAUUAGACAAUCUGUGCUCUACACUUUAUGAGGAGCAGAGUGAGUUUCUAGAACAGUCCCGACAACAGUCUCAGAAGCACCCCCUCACUCACCUCCACAAUGUUGCAGUGAUGGUGCAGAGCGUGUGUCGGCUUGGCAGUCUGGUUCUGGGUCCAUUGGUGUCCAGUGUGGAGGAGCAGCUCAGACACAUCAACACUACAACCAGACACCUUGAGCAGGAAGCAGCAUAUCUCAGGAAUCUGCUGGAGAAGAAUAAUGUUGAAAUCCCAAAACAACAUGAUAUACACUGUUGAAAUCUUAAUAAUGCUAAAUCUCCUUAAACUUUAGUGUCAACACCUUGCUGGUUCGCCUAUAUAUUGUAUGUAUAAUUGAUAAUAAUAGUCAUCCUUUACAUUCAGAGCUUCCACUGCCUUUUCAGUAAACAUGGUUAAUGAGGUAUGCCUUAAGUCAAAUUAUUUGGCAUAUUCAGCACUUCAUUUUAAAGUUUUCUAUGAGCAUUUUUUCAUAUACAGUUCUUUCAAAUAAUGAAUAUUUUGCUAGAAAGAAGCAUCUGAGCUCAUCUUGGAUAGUUUGUUAGCUGCCAUUUUCAUAUUGUUACCACGUUCGUACCCUGGUUACUGCCAAGGAUACAUGCAUAAAGGAAAUUGGUGCUGUCAUCCCUGGACUUCAACAAAUUUCUCCCCAUUCAAACCCCUCCUACACUACUGGUUUACAUAUUUUUCUGCUUAAAUAAUAGAAAUGUUGACACUAUACAACUCCAUUUUAGUUAAUAUGAUUGUUCUUAGUCAUCUAAGGUGUAGCAAUGGUAGCAUACCAACACUGAACUCUCGUGCUGGUUUGAUGUGUUGACAUAGAUAGGUAAGCCAGGCUUUAGGGGCCAGUGUAGGGACAGGGCAAACAGCAUGCCACAGUAGCCUCCAUGUGCAGGCCUUGGAUUGAAUGAUUGAUUAGGGUGUGCGGUCAUGGCAAACAAGCCUUGAAAUUACCAUUAAGGUGUUUUAUAUUACCCAUGAUUAUACUAGGACUUAUUAUUUCAGUUAAAAAAAAAGUAGUAAUAGCAGGGCUUGAAAAGAGAAAAAUGAGAGAGUCCUGAGGUGGUGGCACCAAUUAACCAUUUAUACGUAUUUCAAUUUCAUGCAAAUAAUGUUUACUAAUAAUGGCAUUUCUCAAGCAAUGAUUACUUAAUUGGCUAGAUCCUACUGUGUGACUAAAUUAUGAAACCCUUCAUAAUAAUUUUGAAUGCUGAGAACCUGCAAUUACUGGCUAUAUCCUUCUGUAUAGCAAAAUUAUGAAACUAAUUUGAAUGCUGUUACCUGCAAUUACUGGCUAGAUACUUCUGUAUAGCAAAAUUAUGAAACUAAUUUGAAUGCUGUUACCUGCAAUUACUGGCUAGAUACUUCUGUAUAGCAAAAUUAUGAAACUAAUUUGAAUGCUGAGAACCUGCAAUUUAAUAGUGGGGUGAAUAUUUUUUUUUAUGAAUUCUGAUAGUAUUUGUAAUACUCUUCUGGCUCCAUGUUUUACUGUUUAAUAAUAAAAAACAGAGGAAAUCUC